AUGGAUGUUUAUCACAUGGCACCUGCUGGGGAACUGUUUAUGUCCCAGAGCGUGAUGGAGGGAAUUGGACUUGCAAUGCGUAUGUCAUGUCUCAGUCAGACUGGCGAUUGUGUAAUGGAUGUUGACCAUGUCUACUACACGUCUAAACUCUACGGUCCUGGAGAUGCGCUAAGCCAAUACCUUUGGGUGAAUGUCGGUCAGACAGACGGGGAAAAGUGGAGAGUCCUCCAGUUUCUGUCCAGCUCACACAGACAAGCAGAGAGAGUGAAUCUUUCAUUCAUCUUUCCUUUUUAUGGUCACCCACUGAAAGAAAUCACAGUUGCCACUGGAGGUUUCAUUUAUACUGGAGCUGUAAUCCAUCAGAUGCUCACAGCCACUCAGUACAUUGCUCCCUUGAUGGCCAACUUUGACCCCAGCUUGUCCAAAAACUCCACUGUGUUAUAUUAUGACAAUGGAACUGCGCUGGUCGUUCAGUGGAACCGAGUCCACCUCCAGGGCAUCAGUCUAGGAACUUUCACCUUCCAGGCCACUUUGCACAGUGAUGGACGGAUUGUUUUUGCCUACAAAGAGAUUCCUGUCGCCGUCAAUGACAUCAGUUCUGAGAACCAUCCUGUGAAAGUGGGCUUGUCGGAUGCGUUCGUGGUGCUUCAUAACAUAGAACAGAUUCAUAAUGUUCGUCGGAGAACCAUCUACGAGUAUCAUAGAAUAAACAUUCCAAAGUCGAAUAUCUCCAACUCUACCGCAGUGGAACUGCUCCCUCUCCCAACAUGUCUGCAGUUCUCCAGCUGCAGCCCAUGUGUCACCUCUCAGAUUGGGUUUGACUGCAGCUGGUGUAGUCGACUACAGAGAUGUUCCAGUGGCUUUGACAGAAAUCGUCAGGAAUGGGUUGACCUCGGCUGCUGUAAAGAAAAUAAUUAUUUUUAA